AUGGGAGAGGGGGAACCCGAAGCGACAGCGGGCAGCCAGUCCGCGGCGGAGGGGCUGCAGAAGCCGCCCUACUCCUACGUGGCUCUGAUCGCCAUGGCCAUCCAGGCCAGCCCCGAGCAGCGGCUGCCCCUCAGUGGCAUCUACGACUACAUCGCCGGCCGCUUCCCCUACUACCGCGGCAGCCGCAAGGGCUGGCAGAACAGCGUCCGCCACAACCUCAGCCUCAACCCCUGCUUCCUCCGCCUGCCCCGCCGCUCCGGACCCGCCACUGUCCCCCGCCGCGGCGGCGAAUGGGCUCUGGAUCCUGCCUUCCACGACAUGUUUCCGGGGGGCGACUACCGCCGCCGCCGCCGGCCCCGCCGUCAGAACCUGCCGCCGCCGCCGCUUCCCCCCGGCUGCCCGCACGGUCCCUGCGCGGCGCUAACGCUGCCGCUGUCCCGUGGAUGCCUCUGCUCGGAGCUGCCCGGUUGGGGUCCGCCUAGCUACUUGGGGCCACCCGCAUGGCCGCUGCCCGCUGGGGCUCUGCUCCCGGUUGACGUAGAGCUCGGGGGAAACGGCGACCACGGCGCAAAACUGCUCCCCUCCUUCAAAUAA